UUCUCUUCUCAACUCAUUAGUCAUUCCUCCCUCUCUCUUUCUCUCUCUCUCUCUCUGUUUUUCCCAACAAAUUCCCCAUGGGAGCUUACCGCCAAUUCCCCUCCAUUUCCAAAUGCACCACCCACGACCGUUCCGACCAGACCGUCGCCGCUGAUUUAGACGGAACUCUUCUUAUUUCCCACAACGCUUUCCCUUACUUCAUGCUCGUCGCCGUUGAAGCCGGUAGCAUUUUCCGAGGACUUCUCCUUCUGGCUUCAUCCCCUUUAGUUUACUUGAUUUACUUGUUCUUAUCUGAAUCUCUCGCCAUUCAGACUUUCAUUUUCGUUGCAUUUGCUGGAUUGAAAGUCGCGGAUAUCGAAAUGGUGGCUCGCUCUGUUUUGCCUAAAUUUUACUCUGAGGAUGUUCAUCCAUUAACAUGGAAGGUGUUUAAUUCGUUUGGGAAGAAGAUUAUUGUGACGGCUAAUCCGAGGAUUAUGGUGGAGCCGUUUGUUAAGACGUUUUUGGGCGCUGAUAAGGUGAUCGGAACAGAGCUUGGAGUGACGAAAUCCGGUAGGGCUACUGGAUUUGUUAAGAAACCUGGGGUUCUUGUUGGCGAUCUGAAGAAGACGGCUCUUGUUAAGGAAGUUGGGACUGAUUUGCCUGAUUUAGGGCUCGGUGAUAGAGAAACUGAUCAUGAUUUCAUGUCCAUUUGCAAGGAAGGUUAUAUGGUACCAAGAUCCAAGUGUGAGCCACUACCGAGAAACGAACUUUUAAGCCCAAUUAUUUUCCACGACGGCCGAUUUGUACAAAGGCCGACGCCACUGGCGGCGCUAUUGACCUUCUUAUGGCUGCCGAUCGGUAUCAUCCUUUCAAUUUUCAGAGUCUACACCAACAUCCCCUUACCGGAAAGAAUCGCUUGGUACAACUACAAAUUCCUCGGAAUCAAGCUCAUCGUUAAGGGCACUCCACCACCGCCACCGAAGAAAGGGCAGAGCGGCGUCCUCUUCGUCUGCAACCACCGCACCGUCUUAGAUCCAGUGAUCAUCGCCGUCGCCUUGGGCAGAAAAAUCAGCUGCGUUACUUACAGUAUAAGCAAAUUCACAGAGAUAAUUUCUCCGAUCAAGGCCGUCGCUCUGUCGAGAGAGAGGGAAAAGGAUGCGGCUCACAUUAAACGCCUUCUUGAAGAUGGCGACCUUGUAAUUUGCCCCGAAGGGACCACUUGCAGAGAACCAUUUCUGUUGCGAUUCAGUGCUCUGUUCGCGGAGCUAACAGACAGAAUCGUCCCCGUCGCCAUUAACACGAAACAGAGUGUGUUUUACGGGACAACAGUUAAUGGACACAAAUUGCUGGAUCCGUAUUUUGUAUUUAUGAAUCCGAGACCGACUUACGAAAUCACGUUCCUGAAUCAAUUGCCAGCAGAAAUGACUUGCAGCAGUGGGAAAUCGGCGAUUGAAGUGGCGAAUUACAUCCAGAAGGUACUCGGCGGAACCCUAGGUUUUGAGUGUACUAAUUUGACAAGAAAGGGGAAAUAUGGAAUUCUCGCCGGAACUGAUGGCCGAGUUUCUCCUGAAAAAGAAAAUGGAGAAGUUGUUAUUAAGAAGAAAAGUACUUAAAAGGAAAAAAAAAAAAAAGGACAAAAACAAAAAUCCCAAUUAUUCUCUAUUGGUUUGAUUUUCCAUAAAAGAAAAGUUAAUUAUUAGAAUGGGGAAAAAAAACAAAAAAUAAGAUUCGGCUGCCAACAUGGUCAUAGAUUAAUUAAUCAUCAUAUAAAUCGUUUUAUGUAUAUUGUUCUCUUCCAAUAUGUAUACACAAAAAUGUCGUUGUUUUAAUGUUAUAUUUUUCUUCCAUUUUCA